CACUAACCGGAAAUAACAAUGAACAUUUCCGGUUUCCGUCCACACGUGUGUAACUGAACGUGUGGAAAGAUCCUUCAGAACCCGUAAAAACAGAGUUGGAGUCAUGUUGGAACAGUUCGGUCUGAUCGGAACCAUCCGGGACGAGGACCAGAGUCCGGAUGAGCCCGACACAGAGUCCGAGCAGGAGGAGGAGCCGAUUGUCCUGAACAGGAAGAAGAAGUUUGGGAAUCAAGCAUCAAGAGACUUUAACUGUGACUUUGACUUUGAAGAGAGAGAUGGGCUGAACCUCGAUGACGACUGGCCAAUGGCAGAUGUCCUAAAGCAGCUCAAGAAGAAGAGAACGGUGACUACUUUGGAUCAGAAAAUAGAGAAAAUCAGGAAGCAGAGGAAAGCUGAGGAGAAAUCCUCCAGUACCACAGCUGGAAGUUCAGUAGAGCCAAAGGAGGAGGAUGAGCCUCCUGCAGGAGAUGCUGCUGAUGCUGCUGAUGAUGGUGAUGAUGGGGAAGAGGAGGAGGAGGAAGAAGACGAGGAGGAGUUUGACUCAGCUGAUGAAGAGGUUCUCACCAAAUCAGACACCUUGAGGGAGAAGGAACGUCGAGGGAAGAAGAGGAAGGAUGAGGCUGCAGAGUCAUUUUAUGAAGAUGCGUCUCAGUUCAACGAUCAACUGACCUUUGAAGACAUGAACCUUUCCAGACCCAUCCUGAAGGCCAUCACAGCGUUGGGCUUUAAGGAACCGACACCGAUCCAGAAGGCCUGUGUUCCGGUCGGCCUACUGGGCAGGGAUUUGUGUGCCUGUGCUGCUACUGGAACAGGGAAGACGGCAGCCUUCAUGCUUCCUGUGUUGGAGCGUUUGAUUUAUAAACCCAGGACAUCCCAGGUGACCAGGGUCCUGGUUCUGGUUCCUACCAGAGAGCUGGGAAUCCAGGUUCACUCUGUGGCCCGUCAGCUGGCCCAGUUCACCUCCAUCACCACCUGCCUGGCUGUCGGCGGUCUGGACCUGAAGUCUCAGGAGGCGGCGCUGAGGGCAGGACCUGAUGUCCUGAUAGCUACACCUGGCCGACUGAUCGAUCACCUUCAUAACACGCCGAGCUUCGAGCUGAGCCACAUCGAGAUCCUGAUCCUGGAUGAGGCGGACAGGAUGCUGGACGAGUACUUCGAAGAACAGAUGAAGGAGGUCAUCAGGUUGUGUUCUUACAACAGACAGACCAUGUUGUUCUCCGCCACCAUGACAGAAGAGGUCAAGGAUCUAGCAGCAGUGUCGCUGAAGCAGCCCAUCCGGAUCUUUGUGAACAGCAACACAGACGUCGCUCCGUUCCUGCGACAGGAGUUCGUCCGGAUCCGACCACACAGAGAAGGCGACCGAGAGGCUGUGGUUGCAGCUCUGCUGACCCGGACCUUCCAGGACCACGUGAUGCUGUUCACUCAGACGAGAAAACAGGCUCACAGGCUGCACAUCCUGUUGGGACUGGUGGGCCUGAGAGUUGGAGAACUGCACGGCGAACUGAGCCAGAACCAGAGACUGGAGAACCUCAGGCGGUUCAAAGAUGAACAGAUCGAUGUUUUGGUGGCGACAGAUGUGGCAGCUCGAGGUCUGGACAUCGACGGAGUGAAAACGGUCAUAAACUUCACCAUGCCCUCCACAGUCAAACACUACGUCCACAGAGUGGGUCGGACAGCGAGAGCUGGACGCUCAGGGCGUUCUGUGUCUUUGGUUGGAGAGUCUGAGAGGAAGAUGCUGAAGGAGGUGGUGAAGACAGCCAAGAACAGUGUGAAGGCCCGUGUCCUGCCACCAGAGGUCAUCUUGAAGUUCAGAGACCUGAUUUCCAAGCUAGAGAAAGACGUUGAAGCAGUGAUGAAGCUAGAGAGAGAAGAACGAGAACUGGCUGCAUCAGAGGCCAAGCUGAGUGUGGCUCAGAAACGUCUAGAUGGUUCCGCCUCCUCCAGUCAAUCACAGAGAGUUUGGUUUCAGACGCAACAGGAACGAAAACAGAGUCGCAUGUCGAAGGCGCUGCAGGAGUUUGAUUUGGCUCUCAGAGGAAAGAAGAAGAGACAAAAGUUCCUGAAGGAAGGCAUGAAGAAGAAAGAGCUGACGUCUGAUGAGCGCGCUCAGUUUGAGAUCCUGAAGGCACAGAUGUUCGCGGAGCGAGCUGCCAAAAGGGAUCGACGAGCAAAACGAGCGCGAGCAAUGCCAGAGGACGAGAUGCCACAGAAAGCAGCCAAUCAGAAAGCAGCAGGAGGCCGAAAGAAGUCCGUAUUUGAUGAGGAGCUGACCAACACUAGCAGGAAGUCUCUGAAACACUUCAGAGCAGGGCCAUCCUUUGCAGACAGAAAGCGUCUGGGUUUGAACAAAAAACACUCGGCUGGUUCCAGGUCCAAAAAGAAGAAAUGAGUGUCAGGGGUUUUCCGUGUUGUCUCGUUCUCUUUAUUCUGUGACAGUUUAAAUAAAGUUGUUGUGGUUAA